AUGGAAUUGGAAACCCAACAUUCUCAGCUUCCUGAAGAAGACCCUAACAACAAUUACCAAGCCAAUGUUGACACCUCCAGACCCUUCCGCUCCGUCAAAGAAGCCGUGGCCAUCUUUGGCGACCGCCUCCUUCUUGGAGAAAUGUACUCAUCCCCCAAGCCUGAUGGCAACAAUAUUGUCCAAAGAACUCCUUCAUCGUCAUGGAAGUUGUCGCCGAUGCCGGCUAAUUAUAAAGAAAGCGAAGAUGUUAGCAGUUAUGGUGAUGAGGAGGAGAAUGCAGGUGAUAAAGUAGUUAUGGAUACUCUUAAGAAGCUGGAGGCUGAGCUUGAGGAGACAAAGGUGGAGCUGAAGUUGCUGAAGGAGAGAGAGUCUGAAACCGAGGUGGCGUUGGCUUCCUUGAACGCAGAGCUUCACAAGAACAUGUCCAAGUUGGCUCAGGCUGAGGCAAAUAAUGCAGCAAUGGCUAGCAAUGUACUGCAUGUGGCUGCAAGAUCAUCGCCAUUUACCGGUACCAAUCAUGGUUUGAUGAUGGAGGAAGAGAAGAACAAGAGGGAGUGGAUGAUAAGGAUGGAGGAUUCUACCUCUUUGGCUCAGAUAUUGAGCAUUGGCACUCAGAAAAAUGGCGGAGGAAAAAGAGAAAAGAAAAUAAUGAAGAAGAAGCCUAUUGUCCCUCUUGUGCAAGAUUUGUUUUUCUGGAAAAAAGGAUCUUCAACUCCUCUUCGCAACCCUCUUUUUAAUUCUUCUCCACAGCUCUACUAUUGAUGGUCCUGGAAACGUCCUUGAAAUUUAAGCUGCACCUGAUACCUGCAUGAGCGACAUUGAAGAAACCUCAUUAGAUUAAG